UCGUAUAUGGUUAUCAUAAAACAUCUUUCUCAUUAAAAUAAGUUAAAAACAUAAUUCAGUCCAUAAUAACGAGUCGGCCAAUCAGAAUCGAACUCCGCGCCAUCUUCGCUUCACUACUAGGCGAGAACUUAGCCGGUCAGUCGUGAUUAAGCUUUCGGCGGGUGCACAUCUUGCAAAUAAUAUUGUAAUAAAAGUAAUAAAUUCAAUAAUUUAUUAAGAUGAGUACCGAAAAAGAAACAGAACCAUUUUUUCUGCAAUUAGCUGAAAAUGCAAAAGACAAAAAGGGAGCAGUAGCCAAAAAGUGUGAAAUUAAAGGAACGAAAAGGCCCGCAGAGGAUAAAGCGGCCGAAGUGAAAAAACCCCGCAAAGAAGCCGAAAAUGGUGCCGGCGAAGAGGAAGAGGAGGCGGAGGUAGAGGACUAUGAGGGCGAGGAGGAUAGUGAGGAGGAGCUCCCAGAGGGCGAGGAAGGAGAGGAAGUAGAAGAAGAAGAAAUCGGCGAAGAUGAGGAAGAAGACUAUGAAGAAGAAGACGAGGAUGAUGCAUAAUGUUCUUAAUACUUAAUAAGCGAGAAAAA